AAACAAACGAGGAAAAAAGCCCAAAAAAUAAGAGAAAAGACCUUAAAACGACGAGUUUCACCGAUCCAAUCUUCCAUUGCAAUUUUCACAUAACAAAUCUUUUUCUUUCCCCUUGCUCACUCCAAGUCUCCAAGCCCCCAAAUUUUUUCACAAUCAAUCAUUUCUUUGUUGCGAACCAAACUUGUGAUAUGGCGACACCGAAUCAGGAAGCAAUCGACACUUUCAUCAGCAUCACCGGCGCUUCUGACGCCGUCGCCCUUCAGAAACUCGAGGAGCAUCGUGGUGAUCUUAAUCAAGCAGUGAAUGCAUAUUUCAGCGAAGGAGAUCGAAAUGUAGUACGUGAAGCGCCGGUUAAUGAUGAUGAUGAAAUGGAUAUAGAUGAUGUGAUUCCGGCUCCACAAUCUCCUCUCUCUAUGUUCAAUGCAGCUAGAACAAUUGGCCGUCCUCCCUUUUCGCUUUUGGAUUCGGACUUUGCUAGACGUGUAUUUGAUAGCGAUCCUCUUAUGCCACGCCCUCCGUUUGUUAGUCAUCCUAGAGAGGUUAGGCAGAUACCUAUAGAGGUUAAGGAUAGCAGUGGGCCAUCUGGACGAUCUAGUGAUGCUCCUACUAUUGAAGAUGUGACAGAAACAGCUCAUGUUCAGGGUCCAGUAACUACCCAAGGAACUGUUAUUAUUGAUGAAGAGAGUGAUGAUGAUAUUCCUUUUGCACCAAUGGGACGAAGUAGGCAAGACAGACCUGCUGGUUCUGUAGCCAAUAAUAAUAAUCAAGAUUACAAUGAUAUAGAAGAAGAAAUGAUCAGAGCUGCCAUUGAGGCCUCAAAGAAAGAGGCUGAGGGAUCAAGUAACCCUUUACUUGAAGAGAGGCCACUUCACAUGGAAGAUGAUGAUGACAUAGCAAUAGCUGUUACAAUGUCAUUGAAGUCAGCGGAGGAAGAAGUUUUGCGCAGUCAAGGGUAUAAGGCCUCAACCUCGGAAAUAGGAGCUUCUGCAGUGACUGCUGCUCAAGGACCUCAGGAUACCCAGGCCCUGAACGGAAGAUUGGCAGCACCUAGUUCACCAUUUGAUGAUGACUCUGAUGAUGUUGAUGAGCAACCUCUUGUUAGACACAGGCCAAGACGUGCAGCAUCCGGAUCUCUGGCUCCACCUAACGCUGAUCGUUCCCGGAGUGGGAGUCCUGAAGAAGAACAUGCAAGUAUUAAUCCAGCGGAGCGUGGCAGUGGGUUUCCUUCUGAGUGGGGAGGCAUUUCAUCUGAGGAACAUGAUGAAGCUGUCAUGCUCGAGGCAGCCAUGUUUGGUGGCAUUCCUGAAACUGGAUAUAAUCAUCUUCCAUUCUUACCUCCUCAGCCGAGGGCCCAACCACGUCCACCCUCACCUUCGCUGACAGCUCAGAGGUUGAUACGGGAACAGCAGGAUGAUGAGUAUGUUGCGUCCCUGCAAGCUGACCGAGAUAAAGAAAUGAAGUCCAUUAGAGAUGCUGAGGCACGUCAGCUAGAGGAAGAAACUGCGAGAAAGGCUUUUCUGGAGGAAGAAAAGAAAAAAGAGGAAGAAGCUCAAAGAAAACUCGAGGAGGAACAGUGGAUAGAGAAAGAUCAGCCAAAACACCUGCAGCUUUAUUACAUCAGAAAAAUGUAUCUCUAUACAAUACAAUAGCUGUGAAAAUAAUCUGGUUUGAGUUCCUAUGUAGGCGUUCUCUUCGUUACUGAUUUAAGUUUUUUUUUUCUCUGAAUGUUGUUGCAGGAGCUAGAAAGACAACUAGAUGCAAAAGAAGCGUCUUUACCUAAGGAGCCUCAAGCUGAUGAAGAGAAUGCCAUUACCCUUCUAAUCCGGAUGCCGGAUGGAACACGUCGGGGCCGCCGGUUCCUUAAAUCUGACAAACUCCAAACCCUUUUCAACUUUAUAGACAUUGCCAGAGUGGUGAAACCCAACACUUACAGACUGGUGAGGCCAUAUCCGAGGCAUGCGUUUGGAGAUGGGGAAAGUGAGUCGACCUUAAACGAUCUUGGAUUGACCAGCAAACAAGAAGCAUUGUUCCUUGAGCUUAUCUAGUUUUAAGCUCUUAAAUAUAUAAGAAGAAUUACAUUUGUCUUCUGCUUAGAAAACUCUUUAAUUUUCAAGUUAUUUUUUUUAUCUUUCUUUAUACAAAAGAAAAAGUAUUUGUUGAGGGUGGAGGAUUAUAUGGUUUAUAAAACCGUCGUCGUUUAGUCGUUUCAGUUGUACAUACAAUACUGCCUAAUGUCUGUCUCUCUAUCUGUCUAGUAGUUAUAAUGUUUAUCACAUCUUCAAAUUUGCUCUUUCAGCUUCUGAUUUAUAAAAUCAAGAGUUUGGGA